UGAAAUUACCAUAGUUUAAUGGCUCAAAAGAAUGAUUUGUUCAUGAUAUUAUUACAACUCCCCACUUCUUCAACUUUUUACUCUCCAUUUCUAUAGAUCUAACCCUGGUAAAUCAUCAUCCCCAACCCCACUUCCUUCUCCUUCCUUUAUUUUCUCUUCCUCCUCCAUUUUUCCUUUUCACUCUCCUCUUCAACCUACAUUUCACAAUCUAUAACCAAUGUCCUCUAAAGUUUCGUUCAUUUCAUUUACACCGCUGUUUUUUCUUCUUCUUCUUUCCCCUGUCUUCUCCUCCUCUCUCCCCAAUCCUGACCCUUCAUCAAUCCAACCUUUACAUGUCGCCUCCUCCCCUCCAGCCACCAUCCCUGCAUUCCCGGAACAGUCCAAUCUCGCAGGCUGUCCACUCAACCUCUCUGAAGAGCUUUUCCGUAAUGUAAAGACUGCAUGUGGAGUUGCCAAGCCUGGUGAUGCAACUGGGCAGCUUCAUCGAAGCCGGUGCUGCCCAGUUCUAGCUUCCUGGCUCUACGCCGCCUAUUCGGCCACCGCGUUAGGAGGAGCCAGCAGUGUGAGUCCUGCCAUUGUGGGUGGUCAUUCUCCAGCUUCUGUGGACUUACCUCUGCUGCCUGAUGACUCUGAAACUUGCGUGGAUGAUCUCGGAAAAGCUCUGAAACAAAGAGGAAUUGAACUCGUUAAGCCUAAUGAAACUUGUGAUGUGGUGUAUUGUUACUGUGGCAUUAGACUGCAUCCCCUCAACUGCCCUGAAGCUUUCUUUCUGAACCAGAAAGGAAAGCUUUCUGGGAACGAACAUGUGAAGAGAUUGGAAAGAGAUUGCUUGAGUAGCAGCUCCAAUGUCAAUGGAUUUCCAGGCCUUGGUGGCUGUAACAAAUGCUUACACUCUCUUCAUCAGCUUAAUAGCCAGGCUUCCAAUGCAAGCAAAUCGGAUGAGAGGACUGCCAAAAUACGCAACAAAGAUUGUCAGCUCAUGGGGCUCACUUGGCUGCUUUCUAAAAACCGAAAGGCCUAUAUUCACACUGUUUCUGCAGUCAUACGAGCUAUGAUGAUGAACACAGAUGGCUCUGAUCCUCAAUCUUGCACUCUUACCAGCGAUGGAAUGCCUCUUGCUGUUGAUUCCUCUGACAUUUCGAAUCAGUCAUCAUCAAUCACUCGUCCGGUUCCCCUCUAUCUCUGGCUUUUAUCAUUGUAUUUGUUGUGUAGGUUCCUUACUGUACCAUCUGGGCUGUUUUAGCUAGAACUUGUAAGGUAUUAUAUCAGUGGAUUCAUUCUGCAGAUUGUAAUUUGUCAUCUCAUUUUGUUCCUGUUAAUAUGGCAAGUAGAAUUAUUGUUGUUUUA